AUGCCUAGGGCGUGUUUGGCGGGUGCCACAGUUUCAGCGAAUGCGGUGAAAAAAGCAGUUGAAGAAGCGUUAAUGCCCAAACAUGUCGCUAUAAUCAUGGACGGAAAUGGAAAGUGGGCUAGAGAUAGAAAGUUGGUUGUUGGAGACGGCUUCAGAGCCGAUGGAAGUGGACUUAAUGAUGAGAUUUACAGAAAAUUACAUACGAACAGAUGUCAAGGAGCUUAUAACAAGUUGGAGACAAAAUCAAAACUACCAGUAUCUCUACAGUCGUCGAUUUCUUGGGCUGAGGAGACUAGCAAAUGUAACAAAGGAAUGAAUUUGGUAAUGGCGGCGAACUACAGCGGCCGCGACAAUGUCGUACAGGCCACCAAAAGGAUCACCGCCAAAGUAGAAGGAGGGAUUCUAAGAGCCACGGACAUCGACGAAGUCAUGUUCGAACAAGAACUGAUGACCAACGCCGUCGAAUUCCCAAACCCUGACUUGUUGAUUAGGACAAGCGGUGAUCUCACAAUCAGUGGCUUCCUUCUAUGGCAGUUGGCCUAUACAGAAUUCUACUUUGCAGAUAAAUUGUUUCCUGAUUUUGGUGAAGAUGAUCUUCUCCAAGCACUUGCUUCUUACGGUUGCAGGCAGAGACGCUACAGCCAUCGGAAGAAUUAA